UUGCUGCGAUGUGCCCCUCAGAAGCAGCACACUCCCAUUGCUUAGCAGUUGUUCAUGAUUUGCUCGCAGCCAGAGUAUGCAGGGGGGAGGGCGGGUGGUGGUGGAGAUUCAGACGGCCUCGAACUUGUGGAGCUCCCAAGGAUUGUGGCUCGGCAAAAGCUUGUGGCAGAGGUCAUUCGGCUGGACAUAGAGUCUGCAAACAAUACUUGUGGGAGACGGAUCACGCGGCAACAACACCUUCUUGACCAGAAGCGCAAAAUUUAUCUACCUCAACCUCAUGCCAAUAGGAAGAAAAGACACCGAAGCAAGUCCAAGAAGCGAUUUAGAAAGGGGUGUGGGAGACCACGAUCAACUGGUGCCUCUUUGAAACAGGCCCUACGCGACAAUUUGACAGAGGCUGGUGCUACAGAUGCAGCAUCUUCUGUGACUGAUGGACCAGGCACAUCGACUGCUGGGAAUCCUUUGGUGCUGGCGCAUACAUACACAUCCCUAACGACAAGGUCUAGGACAAGAGAUGCCUCCAAGACACAGGCAGAGGAUGCAGGAGUCACAGUUGGCACCCAAGGAGAUAAGGAUUCUAUUAUAGGCAAGGGGGGCUCAGUGGCCAUAAACAAUGGUGUGAAAGAAGCGAAAGAGGGAUCCGCUGUAAAUGCAACGAAAGAGGGAUCCGCUGUAAAUGCAACAGCCCCACAGGAUGAGUCAGCGCUGCCAGGAAGCAUAUAUGGGGAGACUCUCUGCGUAUUGUCCUGCAAUAGGAAAUCUACUACCGUACACGAUGUGGCUCCAGGACCCACAAUAGCUACAUUGCGACAACAGGGCGAUCAGGAAAUACGAAGCAUAGCAACAACAAGUGAUACUUUUCUCAUACCAAACUUGCAAAAGUCUCAGAGACCGGUGCUUCUUUCAUCCGUUGAGAAGGAGAUAAGCACUGGCCUUGUGACAGGGGAUGUGAAGGCUGAUAUAUUAAUCCAAAUCGGAUCGACAACAGGAACGGAAAAUGUUGUAAGUAGGAUAUCUGGAGUUGGGCCAACAUCCGAAACCCCCGAAUCGACGAUUGAGCAAGAACCCAAAGAAGCAGAAGCGCCAGCGGUGGUUCCAGCCACGCAAAGGGAGCAUGCAUCCUCAGCUCCCAAAGUAUCAGAGCUAGAAUCUCAUGACGUGUUGCGGAAAGACAUCACCUGGCAAACAACAGCCCAAAUGAUUACGGAGGGGACACCAACAAUAGCACAGAAUAAGUCAAGGACUGAUUUGACUUGGUCUGUAGUACAAACUCUACUCCGUUCAACUGCAGGAGAGGAGGUGCUGUUUCUGCCUGCGACAGCAUCUGAAACAAACGCUGGCUUGGAAAAAGAAGUAACACCUGCUCAGGAUGAUGCAUUUAUGAAGGAGGGCAUGCCAGGAGAACUUGAAUCGCCUCCUGUGGUGGUCCGUACCGCCUGGUGCUCCCGAUCAGGCAGUGUCCAAGUCAAUGGUCAUCAUCAGCACGUCGAGGUCAUGGGUGCAGAGAAACUGACUGGGAAAUCUCCACAUUCUGUUCAUUGUUUGGGACCUUCAGAAAGUGCACGAAGUCCAUCACUAGGAUUAGAGGCAACCAACUCUCCGGCAGCAUCAGUUCAACCUAUGGCAGUACAAAACUCUGUUCUGUUACAAGAUGCACAGCAGGUGAUACAACCAGCCAGUGCGGUACAAGCACACCAGUUGCUUCACUCGACAAACCAGCUGCCAUUUCUGGAAACUUCCAAUACACAAACAGGUCCACUGGAGGUGUCAAACGUAGGAGUUGGGGGAGGGAUCUUGAAGGACGUGACGGAAAAUUUUGGUGAUCCAGCCGUGGAUGUCAUAGUUUCUGGCUCACUGGCAGGAAGUCAUGCAGCACCUUCACAAAUGGUGGAAGGGUCUAUGCCCAUGCCAGAUGCAGUUGUGAUGAGCACUACAACCACGGGAGUCGAAACUCCAACUGAAAUAAAGGCAAAGAUGGAGGCUGCAGAGGUUGUUGCGUCACUUUGCCUUGCUGAGCUUCCACCUAAAGUAGAACUCCCUGAUUCGGGAAUGACUGGUGCUGCCAGUGGCUGCGGAAGAGUGAACGGUAAGCGUGACCAUGAUGCUGAUCACAAGGCUUUGCGUCAACAUGAGACUGGGAGGCCAGCAGAUGUGCCACAUGAUAUGGAGUUUGCAGGACCAUCAAAACGGAUACGGAUCUCAUUGUCUGAUGAGCCGGAGGUGAUGCAGAAGGUGAAGGAUAGAGUGUUAGCAAAUGAGUUGGAAUGGCAGUCGGGUGCAAAGCAAAUGGGGAUGACCCAUUUGACUUUGCGCAGCGAAACCAGCCAAUUGAUGCAGAGAAGUGAAAGUCCGACGUUUGCUCAGAAGAAGCGGAGCCCAGUGCAGAACCAGUGCCCGAGGGGUCAUCAGAAGCGGACGAGGAAUCAACAUCAGCUGGAGCAGCGCGAAGAGGAGUAUGCGAUGGUGGAGGAAUGCAGAGGUGGCGAGGUGACAGAUUAUGGCAUGGAAGGGGAAGAAGAAGAAGAUGGAACGAGCAUUGAGAACGGAAUUGAAACUGAGGAAAGUGAUGAAGCCGCUCCGGAUAUGCUGAAGGACUCUAUGGAGGACUGUGAGCAUGACGAAGUAGACACAGGGGAGGAAGGUGGUGUGGCUUGUGGUAGCUGUGACAGCGAUGGGCUUGAGCAUAAUGAAAGCCCAGGAGAGGAGGAGAGGGAAGCAGACGACUCAGCUGGAGUCCUGAACGGAUCCGGUGCUGCAGGGGGAAGGUUGCGAGGGGUUGGAGGAGGCUAUGCUAGGAGGAAGAGUCGUAAGUCUGUUGGUUCGGUGGCUCCCUUCUUCCCCAAAAGGCAUGUGGUUCUUCAAGCAGCGAAUGGUGAUAGCAAGAGCCUUCAGAUACUUCAAUCCCUCAGCAAUUUUGAUAUUUGUGAAAUGCUUCGCCGAGAAACAGGGAUCGAUUACAUAAGGCACAAGCUUAGCAAGUUGCAUCUGAUGGCGAGGCUGUUCAAAGUCAUGGGUGGGAAAACCCCCCGGAAGGGGAGAAGGAAGAAGGCAGGAGGAGCCCUACCCUCAGUCGGGGGAAGUGGAAACACAGCAUCUGCCUCCAACAACAAGUUGGAUGCAAGAGUUGGGCCAGAAGGAUUGGCAGCGGCCAAUGGUGAUGGAGGAAUGGGUGCCAGUACCCGGCGGAGCUUCAAGAAACUGAGUGGAGUCGUUGGGUCGCUAACCACCAAAGGUACAGGAAGCUCUGAUGCAGGUGCAGCAGGUGCUGCUUUAGGCGGAGAGAUUAGUGGUGCGCCAACUAAGCCAGGAAGGAGGACUGGAAGCACGCGUUCGAGCAGCCUGUCGACUUGGACAUCAGGUGUCUCUGGUAGAGCGGAAGUCGGGAGGGAGACUAGAGUGUGCCCUAACGCUGCCUGUGGAGAGCUGAUCGAUAAGGCCGACGCAUACUGCCGUUAUUGUUCCUGUGUGAUCUGUCAUAUGUUUGAUGGAGAGAAGGAAGAGCCUGGGCUCUGGGUCCAAUGUACAGGGGUUCGAACCAGUGGUACCCGGUGCAAAGCGUACGGUCACAUCGAAUGUGCUCUGAAGCUGAAGAUGGCAGGUGUGGUGGUUGUCGAGCUUGAGAACGGGGAGCGUGUGCAACUAGAUGGACAGUACAAGUGUCUGGAGUGUGGCUGUGCCACAGGACUGUUGGGGUGCUGGAAACAGCAAUUGCGCGUAGCGAAGUCGUCAAGAGCACUUGACGGGCUCCGACAGCGGCUUGACCUUGCUCGCAGAAUCCUCAGUGGCACAAAGCACUACAUCACGCUUCAUGAAAUGGUGGAGGAGGCCGCUCGAAAGCUGGAAGAAGAGAUUGGUCCCCUGGAUGCCUCUGUUGUUGGUGGCAUGAGAGAGCAUGUGUGGCGACGACCCAAGGCUAUGGAAGUGCAAGCCAUGAUUGGACGAAUACUUGACAAAGCGGAGAUCUUAAUGGACAGCUCAGAUGUAUCAACAGAUAGAGAUGGUCCUAGAGACAUGGGGGAUAUCAAGGAGGCCGGCGGGGGUGUUAAAUGCUUUGUAUGUGGCGACAAGGGGUCUCUCAUAAUGUGCAGUGGCAAGGAAUGCCGUCGAGCGUAUCAUCUUCAAUGUGCCGGGCUGUGGGUUAUGCCUCCCCUCGGAACAUGGUUAUGUCCCUCCUGCGCUGCAAAAGCGGCGUCUAUGUCUGUGCCAGGCUCUCGAGACCGAGGUGAGAAGAUGCAGCGGCCCGCACCAUUGACAGAGGUGGCAUGUGGUCUGGGCCCGCCGACAGGUCUUAGAUUCUCGGAGAUCAGAUCCACUUCGGUGCGGGUGCAUUGGCAAGGCCCGGAUGUAACCACUAGUGGGGAUGCGCUGGGAGCGUUGGCGAACUCUCUUCUUCUCGGAUACAAGGUAUGGCAUAAGAGGCGCGAUGACAAUGAGUUUGGCCGGCCGCCUCGAGUACCUGGACAGGUGACUUCUUUGUCUGUUUUGGGUCUGGACCCCGACACUGAGUAUGUCUUCAAGGUUGCCGGAGUCACUGUUCAUGGAGAUACCCAAGAGAGCCGAAUAGCCAUCUGUCGAACAGCACCUUCAGAGACAAGCAAGGUGGCAUUUUCGCGUAACGCACGAAGCCCCGAUCGAGCUGGAAUCAUCGGUGCUGGUGCUGACUUGGAAUUGGUGGGGGAUGAUCACGGUGAGAAAUUCAGUCAUGUGGCACCAUCGCAUGGUACAUGGAAACGACCAAUCGCAGGAGGAGCCAGAGCAGGAGGGGGAGCAAGUGGUGGAGGAGGCGGAGGAGGAGGAGGAGGGGUAGGAGGAAUCGGAUUUGAUAUUGACAGGGAUAGGGAAGGAAAGAUGGGCAUUCCGAUGGCACAACCGUAUUCUGGGUCAGGUAAGGAGAAGGGUGCUGAUGGUGAUGAGCAUUUGGGAAAUGAAGGAGGUUGUCAAGACUUGACUCGAGGAGCAGAAGGUAGUGGGAGUGGUGGCUGCGGAGCGACCGUUUUCGGAAGUCAGGAUACUAGUCUUGAUGAAGCUGGCUACGGAGGUGCAAUAGCUGGUGGUGGAGGUGGAGGGGGGGGGAUGUGUUCGGGCGUUGGCGGUCCUGCAGUAGGUGGGCGGGUGAUGUUGACGGAAGGCGAUCGGGAGGCAGUGAAUUGCCUCCGUCAGGUGCGGUCUUUGGAGAAAGGCGGUCACCUGGACAAGGACUUCCGCCUGAAAUUCCUGACAUGGUUUAGUAGGCGUGCCAGUGAUGACGAGAGAAAAGUUGUUGCCAUGUACAUGUGUGCACUUGGAGACGACCCGGCAGCUCUUGCUGAGCAGCUGCUUCAUACUUUCUCUGAAUUUGUCUGUAUACCUCCGAAGCUGCCGUCCAGGGCAGAGCAUGAAAAAGCCGAGACAUUGAAUUGCUUGUCGGCUGCCAAUCUCACUGUCAGUAGUGCUUGUGGGGUUGGUUCUGCCUGGGCAGCUAUGGCUGUUGACGAACGGCGAGAUCUGCAGGAGGAUGGAGGCGGGACCAUCACAGUCGGAGGUGGCUUGUUAUCAGGUCUCGCUCCAAGCGGUAGCGGUGCUGGCAGUGGUGGCUUGAAUGGCAUGGCUCUGUCAAGCAAUUCUCAUCCCGCUGGGGGAGGUGGAGGAGCUUGGAAAGGAGUUGUCCGGCUCCCCCCUGCAGUUUGGGAUAAGGUUGAUCAGUCGUUCCCGUAAAGCUGCGGGCGUUUUGAAACCCCAACGUGUGUGUGUGUGUGAGCAGUCCUUCACACAUGGCGUUCGCGCAUGCAUGUAAUGCAUGCAUGCAUGCAUUAUAGAAUUUGGAAACAGAUUGGCAUGACAAUGACAUGGUCAUGCAGAGGUAUGAACCCCCCUCCCCCCCAAAAAAAAGAAAAAUAUAUCAUACCCCCUGGCGUUCGCGCAUGCAUGUAAUGCAUGCAUGCAUGCAUUAUAGAAUUAGGAAACAGAUUGGCAUGACAAUAUCAUGGUCAUGCAGAGGUAUACGUUGUCUCUGACACACUGCGUCUCGCCUCUAUAUUUUGGUGAGCCGGGCUGGGGAGACGUGUUUAUUGGUAAUGGUUGACAUUGACUACAUCAACGGCUUCAUCUUCGUUGAUGUAGGAGCAAGGCAGAAAUGAGUCAGCGCCCUUGUGCUAUUAUCGCACAAGUGCAGAAUGAUUGUCAUGUUUCCCUUCUUGAUGGCCAUACCGCAUCUGUAACAUUAUGAUGACCAUUAUAGGAUGAAUGAAUGAAAGAAUGAAACCCCCUACUUGUGGGGCUUUCGCUUGAGAAAAUGAACUAUUUUUUCGAUCGUUUCCUACGUUUGGGGGGGGACUAAGAAGGAAAAGGAACUUGCCUAGCCCACCCCCCAUCACCACAUCAUAUUUGCCAGAUUCCACAAUAUCCUCCUCCUUGAGGUAAAAGCCAAAGUGGGGAAGGAUCAAUGGUUCAUUUAUUGGCCAUUUCUGAGCAUUAGUUUUCUAUAUGAAGAGUCAGAACUGAUCUUCACCUCCCAUAGGACGGCGACCGUCUUCCCACAAUCAGUGAAUGUGUUCUCACAUCGCCACUGCACGGCAACAUGUCAUCAUCCGCUGACUCAUACUGACAAUGGGCCUCACUCCUCUACAUAGCAUUCAAAAUGUAUUUGGCGCUGGCGAUGGUCCCAGUGCAUUCAGAAUGUUUGAUCACAGUCCAAAUGUAUCUGUUCCAUGUGCCAGGCUCGAUACCUGUUGAACAUUGAGUUGUGCACCGAGGCCCCACGACAUGCAUUCACAGUGACUAGUCAAUCUGUGAUGUAUCUCAGAGCAUAGGUCCUAAACACAUUUGUCAAAAUAGGCAUAUGAUAAGCGAGGAAGGCUUUAUGAUUCUUCCAAUGUCUACACGUCGUGGCGUCAUGUGGACAUGCGCUCGCCCUCGUCAUCCUCAUUGUCCUUCGCCGCUGCGUGCCGUCUCCUUAGGACGUGGGGAAUGGGUGAUGAAACAAUGCACUUCACUUUUGCAGGGUUAAAGCGGAUGUUCACUGAUCCUAUCCUCAGGAACGAACGUGACAAACUGUGGUCCCGGACAGAACUAAGGUCGUAUCUAACAAAGGAAAUCAUUUGAUUUCAGAAUCAGUUAUAUCCUGUCUGUGAUACGAGGGCGCCAUGCUUCGGCCCACAUCCUUAAUUCGCGAAGAGCUGAUUAAGGUCCGUACUGAUAGUUUGUGUCCCUAGAUCCAUUUGUGGACCGCGGUACAUCUCAGCCACUGCAUACAUACUUGAGGUUUGGUGCGGACUGGUUUGUGCCGCCUGUGCAUAUGAACACUCGGCUACAACAGA